AUGGCGUCUCCAUCACAUCCGAGCAACAAAUUCCACUUUGACACCUCUUCCCUCUUCGAGAAGGUUGCCUCAACCUACGAACACACCUCCACCGUCAUGAAAGAGAUAGCCGGUCAACUUCUCCACCUCAGCCCAACUCUGGCAUCUGAUUCUGUAGUGCUCGACAACGCCGCCGGCCCUGGCAUCGUCACCGGCGAAAUCCUCCGCCUUCCUCAAUUCAAAGAAGGCAACUACCCCACCAUCCAUGCGACCGACAACUCAGCAGCUAUGAUUCGAGCCCUCGAGGCCCGAGCCGUACGCGAAUCAUGGCCCAAGGACAUCGUGAAAAGUCACGUCAUGGACUCCAUGGACCUGAGCACCUUCCCAGACAACAUGUUCACACACAUAUACAUGGCUGCCGCGAUCCAUAUCAUCCCAGAACCCCUCAAGGCAAUCGCCGAGAUCAAACGGACGCUCAAACCCGACGGUGUCGCGCUCGUGACCAGCUUCGAGAAACAGGGCUUCAUUGAAGUCUUCCAGCAUGUCCAACAGGCUAUCCGGCCAGACUCACCGAUUUGGAAGGGUCCCUUGCCGGAGGAGUGGCUGAAGGAGGAGAAACUGAGGGCUGUGAUAGAGGGCGGUGGGUUUGAGGGUAACAAGGUCGAGAUUCAGAGGUUUGGUACUUGGAUGAAAGGGGAAGAGUGGUCGACGCCGGGGUCGAUGUUGUUGAUGGAGGCGUUGACGAAAUCGGUUACGAAUGGGUGGAGUGAGGAGGAGACGAAGAGAUUUGAGGAGAAGUUGAAGGAGGAUAUGGCCAGCGCGACGGUGAGGAGCAAGAGCUAUGAGAUGAAUGUUUUUGUGGCGAUUGCGAGAAAAUGA